CGGCCUCUCAGUUCUGAUUCGUGUGCGGCUGGAGCUGCGUCGACACCGGCGUGCAGGAGAUACAAUCCCACGCAUCUUCCAGGCAGUGGCCAGACGACAGCCGGAGCGCCUGGCGCUGGUGGACGCGAGCAGUGGUGUAUGCUGGACCUUUGCACAACUGGACACCUACUCCAAUGCGGUGGCCAACCUAUUCCACCAGCUAGGCUUCUCACCAGGCGAUGUGGUGGCUGUGUUCCUGGAGGGCCGCCCCGAGUUCGUGGGGUUAUGGCUGGGCCUGGCCAAGGCUGGUGUGGUGGCUGCCCUGCUCAAUGUCAACCUGAGGAGAGAACCCCUGGCUUUCUGCCUGGGCACAUCAGCUGCCAAGGCCCUCAUUUAUGGUGGGGAGAUGGCAGCAGCGGUGGCAGAGGUGAGCGAGCAGCUGGGGAAGAGCCUCCUCAAGUUCUGCUCCGGAGACCUUGGACCUGAGAGUGUCCUACCCGACACGCAGCUCCUGGACCCCAUGCUCGCCGAGGCACCCACCACACCCCUGGCACAAGCCCCAGGGAAGGGCAUGGAUGAUCGGCUGUUUUACAUCUAUACUUCGGGAACCACUGGACUUCCUAAGGCGGCCAUUGUGGUGCACAGCCGGUACUACCGCAUCGCAGCCUUCGGCCACCACUCCUACAGCAUGAGGCCAGCCGACGUCCUCUACGACUGCCUGCCGCUCUACCACUCCGCAGGGAACAUCAUGGGUGUGGGACAGUGCGUCAUCUACGGGCUGACGGUGGUGCUGCGGAAGAAGUUCUCUGCCAGCCGCUUCUGGGAUGACUGUGUCAAGUACAACUGCACGACGUGUACCCCAUCCGUCUGGUCAAGGUGAAUGAGGACACGAUGGAGCCCUUGCGGGACGCCCAGGGCCUCUGCAUCCCAUGCCAGCCCGGAGAGCCCGGCCUUCUGGUGGGCCAGAUCAACCAGCAAGACCCUCUGCGGCGCUUCGACGGCUACGUUAGCGAUAGCGCCACCAGCAAGAAGAUCGCCCACAGCGUGUUCCGCAAGGGCGACAGCGCCUACCUCUCAGGUGACGUGCUGGUGAUGGACGAGCUGGGCUACAUGUAUUUCCGCGACCGCAGCGGGGACACCUUCCGCUGGCGCGGGGAGAACGUGUCCACCACCGAGGUGGAAGCCGUGCUGAGCCGCCUGCUGGGCCAGACUGAUGUGGCCGUGUACGGGGUGGCCGUGCCAGGAGUGGAGGGCAAAGCCGGCAUGGCGGCCAUUGCAGAUCCCCACGGCCAGUUGGACCCUAACACCAUGUACCAGGAGUUGCAGAAGGUUCUGGCAUCCUAUGCCCGGCCCAUCUUCCUGCGUCUUCUGCCUCAGGUGGAUACCACAGGCACCUUCAAGAUCCAGAAGACCCGGCUGCAGCGCGAAGGCUUUGACCCUCGACAGACCUCAGACCGGCUCUUCUUCCUGGACAUGAAGCAGGGCCGAUACCUGCCCCUGGAUGAGGGAGUCCACACCCGCAUCUGCGCCGGAGACUUCUCGCUCUGAUGCACCUGGCGAGUGUGAUGGGCCUGGACUCCCUCAGGGGCCUCUUCUGCCUGGCCACCUGGCCAGUGGCACCAGUGGGUGCAAGAAACUGGGAGGACCUGAGCAGACAGGUGUCUCUCUCCUGCAUCCCACUAUGCAUCCAUCCAGCCUCCACCUUUCUCCUUUUCUCCAUCUCUUUUUCCCACCUACCAGGAGCCCCACAGACACGUCUUGGCUGCUGUGUCUUGCAUUGAGACCAGUGUCCAGGGGUCCGGGCUGUGGCAUCCACCUCCCUUGCUGUUGUGCCUUAGGAACCUGUCCUCAGCUCCCCUGUGGAGUAGCUGCCCUCCCUACUAAGGGUUUGUAGCACACUCACAUUAGCUGGGUGACAUCGGCAGCCCCGGCUGACCUCCAGUCAACUGGAAGUUUAUUUUUUUGUUUUAAGACAGUAUCUCACUGUGGAGGCCCAGCUGGCCUCAAACCCUCCGUCUUACUGCCUCUGCCUGUGCUAGCAAGUGCACCACCCUGCAGUUCCAGAGGGAUGACAUUGGUGCACUAUUUUCCCUAGUCCCCCACUUUCCCCUCAUGUUCUGGAAGCUUCAGAACUUACUCUGACCACUUGGAUGUGGCUAGUGUUGGGCCUGCCCACAGCUGUCUGUUCAGGGGUCUCCAGGCCCUGACCCUAGCAAAAUUUGGGUGUCUGAUUUCACAUCAGGAGGGACCCAGGAAGGGUUGUUAUGGUGUUCCUUUGGGCGCUCACGGUGACAUGACAGCCCUGGAUGUGCUUCCCUGUUGUGUUAGAGCCCAGACCCUGUUGCUUGUGACAUCCCAGGUCUACCCUUCUGGCUCCCAUGUAACCCCUAGGUCACUGGUGACUCAGCUCAGUCACCAAGCCCAGUCUCUGCCCUCCUGCAUCUACAAGGGCGGAGACCCAUGGAGGGUGUAGGUAGCACAGUGUCCACAGACUGCCCCGCAGUCCACACACACAAAUGUCAUUUCUUGUUGGUUUUCAGAAAUAAAUGUGCUGAGCCUUGACACUUG